GACCGAGCCCCGAGCUCCCCUGCAGGACUGGUUGCGGCCUCUGCCAUAACGACCAUGGCAGUUCCAAAAACACACAUGGAAGUUGUUUCUGAACACUCGUUGAAAAGUCUUGAUGGUGCUGGAAAUUGCAAGAGUAUUGAAGAAAUCCCAAAGGCUAAUAGUCUCAUCCCUGCUUUGGAAACAGAGGGUUAUUCAGAUGAUUUGGAAAGGACCCUUUCUGAAUUGGUUGCUGAUAAGAUAAAAUCAGUGGGCCAACCAGAGAAUCAGCGGAAGGAUUAUAUCCAGCGGACAACAGGAGUACAAAAAUGGCAAGAUGGUUCUGUUUAUACAGGAGAAUUUGCGCUUAAUAUGAAAGAAGGAUUUGGAAAAUUUUCAUGGGCCAAUGGUGAGACAUAUGAAGGGGAGUUUUAUAAGGAUCAUCGCCAUGGUUUUGGGACUUACUCAUGGCCCAGUGGCUCCAGUUUUACUGGAACAUUUUAUCUUAGCCAUAUAGAAGGGUAUGGCACCAUGAAUUUUACCAAUAAAAUAUUUAAGGGACUCUAUAAGGCUGAUGAACGUUUUGGACCAGGAGUUGAGACCUAUCCUGAUGACCGUGAAGAUGUCGGCUUGUGGUUUCGAAAUCACCUAAUUAAAUUAUGUACGGAAAUACCAGACCACUUUUCUAUUUUGGAUUAUCCCGAAUAUACUGACUUUCUUGAAGAUGAUUCCAUAAAAGUAACCCGUUUUGAAAAGGAAUUUAGCAAGUGGGAGCUGAAUGAAGAGAAAGACCCCUUUUGGUACAAUUAUAAACAGCUUCUUUUGGAUGACAAUUUCACCUUCCCUAAGGAAAUUAGCUUCUAUUCAACUGACAAUGACAAUCUUCCCAUGACUUGUUCUUUCCGCAAGGAUUUGGAUUCCCACUUUUUUGUGAAUGAAAAUGACACCUAUGACGAGGAAGAAGAGGCACGUCUUAUUAACAGGACUCCCUUAAUGGUUAAAAUGCAGAAACACAUUUACAAAUUCAGACACAAGCAAGACCAUACCGGUUUUAAUAUUAAUUCUAUCCUAAGUGGAAAUCGUACUGAUUUUGGACCUCAGGGUCCCAAAGAAUUAACGUCUGAGCUGAUGAUUACCAAGGCUGCAGAAGGAGACUUUGAACGAGUUUACGAAAUUCUGAGGGACAAUCUUGCACAUCCUGAUGUGGCAGACAAAAUCGGAUAUACCGCUCUGGCUGCUGCUUCUGUAAAUUGCCAUAAUGACAUCAUCAAUCUUCUUCUUGAUAAUGGAGCUGAUGUGAAUAAAUGCACUGAUGAAGGGCUAACGGUUCUGUGUAUAUGCUUUAUUAUUUAUUUUCCUGUCAAAUCAUUUAAACGCAAUAUCGCUGAGAGGAACUUCACUGAAUACCAGGUAAAGAAUCAAAACGACUCUGAAUUACCUGCUUCUAGAACACAGAUUUCUUCAAUUUCAUUGACAAAGGCGUUAUCCCAAAUUGAACAGGAAGAAAAAAAGAAUUUGUCAGAUUCCAGUCAUCGUUUAGAUUUAUCCUUUUCUCGAACUACCUUCCUAGAUGAAUAUAACCCUUUAGACAUUGAGAUCACAGUCCUGCGGAGCCAGUCCACACUGACAGAAUUGGCAUCUGAAAAAGAAUUGAGGAUCAGCUUUGAAAGAACACUGGAUGAUGAUGUGUUUGAGAGGUGUACUCAGUAUAGCACUGAAACGAUUUUUGAAUCAAACCAGUGUAUCUGCAACUUUUCUCUACCUGUUUCUCAAAAAAAUCUGGAGAAGAGUGCCAAUAUCUUCAGUUUGUUGAAAGCAAAUUCUGAUAGUAAAAUCUCCAUGAAUGAAGGCACAAUGAGGAACAUGGCAUUUGCCAUCAUAGAGCACAGAAACAGAUGGACAACCAUCAACUUGCUCCUGCGUCGAGGUGCAGAUCCCAAUUUGUGCCACGUUCCCAUGCAGGCUCUCUUCCUUGCAAUUAAAGCUGCAGAUGUAGAAGCAGUUAAACUCCUUCUAAAAUAUGGUGCAAGGACUGACAUAAGAUUCCCAUCGAAGAUGAAAGGACUAACUCCUCUUCAUAUUGCCGUAGCCCUUCCAGGAGAGGAGGGAGUCAAAAUAACAGAACUAUUACUUCAUGCAAUUACCAAUCCUGAUACCAGAGCAGAGGACCAAGAUGAUAUUUAUGGACCCGACGUGUUUGAGUUUUCUCCUUCAAGCAUGAAACUGAAUAAUGAACUAGGUCCACCCAGUGGAUAUUACACAAAGUCUGAUAUUAUCCCAGAAGAAGGAGGGAGGACCCCUUUACAUGUUGUCUGUGAGAGGGAAGAUAACUACAAGUAUGCAAGAGAUAUUAUCCGCCUCCUUUUAGCUCAUAAAGCUAAUCCUAAUUCAUUAUGGAGUGGUCAUUCUCCACUUUCCCUGUCAAUUGCCAGUGGAAAUGAUUUGGCUGUAACAGAAUUGUUACUAAAUGGCGCAGAUCCAAAUCUCUCUUUAACGAAAGGUGUGGGAAGCGCUCUCUGUGCAGUUUCCAGUUUAACAUAUGAGAGGAAGCGCUCUAUAGUUGGGAAAUUUGCUUUGAUCGACAAACUAAUUCACUUUGGUGCUGAUAUCCUGAAUCCAAUUACAUUUGGCGAAGAAAAGAAAACAGUUGUGGGAACUGCAGUUGACUAUGCAUUCUACAGAUUCUUUCAGGAUAAAAGGAUUGCACAAACCCCUUAUCACUCCUUGUCAGUAGUGGAGCGGGAGACGUUUGUGGCUCGCAGGAAGUUAUUAGAGUACAUAGGUGCCUGUGUCCCCAAAGCUGUCACCUUGAAGGAGAAAGAGUGGGAUCAGCACUUGCUACAAAAGUCCAAAAAAAUGGAAACCUUGGAAAAUCAAAGGAGGAGGAGAAUUGCUGCUACUGGAAAAUCACCCCCGGGGAAAGUAGAAAGAAUACCCUUUUUUAAAUUUUGCUACCAGUGUGGCCGCUCCAUAGGCGUCAGGCUUUCACCCUGCCUAAGGUGCUACCGAGUUUUUACCUGCAGCAAGAACUGUAAAACAAAAUUUUGGAAUGAGGUUCACAAGCAAGAGUGUGGUGGAGAGAAACGCAACUAUAAAAGUGUCACACUAAGGAGUGAAAGCAGAAGCUCAAAGGAAAAAGAAGUUUUCAAAAAAGAUGGCAGGGGAUCUGCCCUCAAAUUGGGAAUUGCAGCCAAAGCUUCUUCCAGCUCAACUCUGUUGCCUGAAAAUUACAGUUUCAAUUGAUCCACAUUUCUGAAUACAACCUGCACACUGAGUGAUCAAAC